GUCCCAACGAAAGAAAGUGUUUCUCUCUCCUCCAACAAUGGCAGAAUUCUCGAUCACUCCUUCAAAUACAUGCUUUCAUUCUACGCAAUACCUUGAUUCUAAUCUAAAUAUACUCACCAAAUUCAUAGCUGCCUGUUCUUCACCUUCAUCGGCAAGUCUUGGCAUUCGACAUGCACGCCAAGUGUUCGAUCAAAUUCCUCAAAGAAAUGAUUCUUUUCUUUGUAAUGUCACGAUUAAAUCCCAUAUUGAUAAUCAUCAAUUUACUGAUGCUUUGAUUCUUUUUAGAGAUUUGAGGAGAAUGACGCAAUUUGUUCCUGAUAAUUAUACAUAUUUGUUUAUGACGAAAUCUUGUGGGUCGGAUUUGUACAAUUGGGAAGGUCGACAGCUUCAUAGUCAUGUAAUUAGAACUGGGUUUGGAUUGGAUUUGUUUGUUUCGACGUCUAUAGUUGAUAUGUAUGGGAAAAUGUGUGAUAUGGUUUCUGCAAGGAAGGUGUUUGAUGAAAUGUCUGUUAGAAAUGCUGUGUCUUGGACUGCUAUGGUAUGUGGGUUUGCAAGGGUAGAGGAUAUUGACAAUGCUUGGAAAUAUUUUGAUGAGAUGCCUGGGAAGGAUGUAUCGGCUUAUAACGCGAUAAUUGGUGCAUUUGUUAAGGUGGGUGACAUGAAUUCUGCUCGGAGUUUGUUUAAUGCAAUGCCGGAAAGGAAUGUGAUCUCGUGGACGAGUAUGAUUUCUGGGUUUUGUGAAAAUGAUGACAUCGAGUCGGCUAGGUUGUUCUUUGAUUCUAUGCCUAGGAAGAGUCUUGUUUCUUGGAAUGCGAUGAUUAGUGGUUAUUGCCAGAACAAACAACCACGCGAAGCUGUGAAGUUGUUCCGUGAAUUGCAGUUGAAUGCAGUGCUUGAAGCUGAUGAAGUUACCAUCAUCAGCAUUCUUCCGGCAGUAGCUGAAUUGGGGGCAUUAGAUUUCGGAUGCUGGGUUCAUCAAUAUGUGAAAAGGAAAAGGCUUGACAAAUCUAUCAAGAUAUGCACUUCACUGAUAGAUAUGUAUGCAAAAUGUGGAGAUAUAGACAAAGCCAGACGUGUUUUUGAAGAGAUUCCUGAGAAGGCGACUUCUUGUUGGAAUGCUAUCAUAAAUGGGCUUGCAGUCAAUGGCAAGGGAAGGGAAGCAGUAGAUGAGUUUGAGAACAUGAUAUAUAGAGGAUACACACCAAAUGCAAUAACAAUGAUUGGUGUUUUGUCUGCUUGCAGCCAUAGUGGUUUGGUUGAGGAGGGAAAGAAGUGGCUCAAUGCAAUGGAGAGUUUCGGACUAGCCCCUACAAUAGAGCACUAUGGCUGUGUGAUAGAUCUUUUGUGUAGGAUAGGCAGUUUGGAGGAAGCUGAGAAACUGUUAGAAUCCAUGCCAUAUGAGGCUAAUGAGGUAGUUAUUAGUUCCUUCCUUUCAGGUUGUGUGAACCGGAAAGAUUUGCCUAAGGCAGUAAGAAUUUUGAAACGAGCAGUUAAAAAGAAUUUAUUAAAUGCUGGGAACUAUAUUCUAUUAAGGAACUUGUAUGCCAUGGAAAGAAAAUGGAUAGAUAUGAGGGAAUUAAAAGGGUAUAUGAGAACAAUUGGUGUAAAAAAGGAAGCUGGUUGCAGUGCUAUUGAAGCUGAUGGCAUGGUUUGUGAGUUUAUGUCAGGGAGCAUAAUGCACCCUCAUCAGGAGAAUAUACUUCCGGUAUUAAAGCAGCUUCAGAUGCACAUGAAGAAGAUAAAUGACGAGAACAUGUUGGAAUCGUGUAUUGCUGAAGUAUCGUUGCAAACUUGAUAAUGUUUGGGCAGUAAAAUUGUUCUGAUUAGUUCUUCACACGCUUGAUUUCUGGUGAUGUCCUAUCUAUGAUCUAAGAUUUUUAAAGAACAGAUGUAGUUAGAAGGCUAGACCAAUUAUAGUGGAGAAUGAAGGUGGAGAAGUGGAGCUGAUCUUCGCUUUUACAUCCAAUAACUAUUGCACUAUUAACAGGAAGCAGCUAAGCUUGCUGAAAAAGUUGCAGUGUGGAAUGGAGGAAAACUGGACAUCACAACUUUAGCUGGGUCACCAACAACACAGAUGGUGAACUUGAUUACGGGAUCACUCUACAACAGUUUUAUUAAGGAAACCAGUGAAUUUUCACAGUUUGACACAGCAUUUCUUGAUAUAUACAACACUUUCAACUCGGCGUUGCCUGGUAAACAUUAUGAUGUACCCUCUAACCAGGAGAUAAAGAAAUGCUACGAGGAAUGGACUGCUGCUGGUGAUAAUGCAGAAAAGAAGAAGCAAAUCUUUGUAGACUUUAUAAGAAGAACGGUAAGCCUCAACAAGCCACAAAAAAUGACACUAAUAACAGGUUUGGUGACGCCACCAGCUGCCAUGGUAGCAAAGAAAGCUGGAGAGAGAGUCCCUGCACUUAAGAUCAUCAAAGUAGUACCUGAUGUCCUCUUUGUUCCAACUGUUACAUUUUUGGCUAUCAUCUCAGCCCAGGUAUCAAGAAAUGUGUUGCACAGGAGAAUGAUUCGCCGAAAUGAACAAAGAGGGGAACAAAACAUCUAGAUUGAUUGCUUUUCUUGUCUACUUGUGAACUGAGCAGUAGUUCAUGUAUAUAUCUACUUUUCUAGCAUUAAUAAAAACAUCUGUUUGUACAUU